AUGAGUAAUGAUCGAGUCACCUAUGCAGAACUGAAUGUGGCCAAGAACUCAAGGUACCAGCACAACAAACCAAGGGGCAGUCGCAGCUCCAUUUCAGUAAUAGAGCAGGAAAUCGUUUAUGCGGAUUUCAGCUUUAAAAAUCCUUCUCAAGAGCAGACCCGGAUCUGCAGGGAUUGCCACUGCAAAGGUUUUCCAUCUCCUCCAGAAAAACUCAUUGCUGGGACCCUGGGCUUCAUCAGUUUUGUCUUAAUUGUUGCUGUGGUUGUAAUUACUACAGUUGCCACACCAUAUACUGAAACAAAGGCACAGAUCAACUCCUCAAUGACGAGAACCUACCAAGCACGACCUUGUACUCGUUGUCCAGAUGAUUGGAUAUCAUAUUCCCACAACUGUUAUUACAUUAGUGUGGAGAGAAAAUCUUGGAAUGAUGGUUUGACGUCCUGCAUUUCCAAAAAUUGCAGUCUGCUUCACAUAGAUAGUGAAGAGGAGCAGGCUUUUCUGCAGUCCUUUUCACUGGUCUCAUGGACUGGAUUCUUUCGAAAGAGCAGAAGUCAGCCCUGGGUUUGGGAAAAUGGCUCAACUUUCAAACCAAAGAUAACAGAGAUGCUGCAUGAUGAAUAUAACUGUAUCAUGAUGUCAACUUCUGGUCUCACGGCAGAAAACUGUACCAUUUUACAUCCAUAUGUUUGUAAGUGCAAAUUAACCAACUGAAACACCUGCAUUUGAAGUCUGCCAGGGACAAAUCUUACAUGGCUUUGUUCCUGGAACCAGCAUGGAUUUCUACGGAUUUGGCUGUCAUUGAGUUUUAGACACUACUACCUCAGCUUCCUAAGAAGCUUGGAUUACUGCCCUAAGCCACCAUGCCAGGUGUUCUGGUUACCUCAUUGUAAACAUGACACAACCUGGGAAGAAGGAGUAUCAAUUGACAAACUGCCUCUGUCAGAUUGGCUUUGUAGUCUCUACUGUGGCAAACUAUUCUUAGGAAUGACUGAGAUGGAAUGGCCCUUCCCUUUGUCUGUGACACCAUUCCUAGCCACAUACCCCUGUGCUAUAAAAGAAUGACUGAAAUGGAAGCAUCAAUCAGUGUUCCUUCCUGCUUUCUGCUCCCAUCCCUGGUUUCCCUCCUCAGUUAUGGAAGUGACCCAAAAGUAUAUGUUGAAAUAAAUCCCUGAGUUGCUUUUGAUCAAAAUAUUUUAUCAUAGCAACAAAAGCCAACCACCA